CGCGCUGCGGAAGCGGAAGUACUGUGGCUGCUGCUCAUGGAUGGCUUAAAGAGGGAGCGCGGGAUGGGGAGCUGAGUGUCCCCGGUCUCCAUAGCAACGGGGCCAGACCGCGGAGCGGGGGACACUGUUACCAUGAACAGGAAGAAGGGAGACAAGGGCUUCGAGAGCCCCCGGCCAUACAAAUUAACUCACCAGGUAGUCUCUAUCAGCAAUAUAAAUUUUCAGAGGAAAUCUGUCAUUGGAUUUGUGGAUUUAACGAUAUUCCCUACGGUGGCCAAUUUGAACAAGAUCAAGCUGAACAGUAAACAGUGCAGAAUAUACAGAGUGAAAGUGAAUGAGCUGGAGGCAGCGUUCAUAUACAACGACCCCACACUGGAAGUCUGUCACCACGAGUCCAAACAACGAAAUCUGAAUUUUUUUUCCAAUGCGUAUGCAGCAGCUGUCAGUGCAGUUGACCCAGAUGCUGGAAAUGGUGAACUCUGCAUCAAAGUACCAUCAGAACUGUGGAAACAUGUUGAUGAGUUAAAAGUGCUGAAGGUGUACAUUGAGUUCUCCCUGGAUCAGCCGAAAGGCGGCCUUCAUUUUGUUGUUCCCAAUGUGGAAGGCAGUAUGGCAGAGAGAGGGGCUCAUUGCUUUUCCUACGGAUACCAGAAUUCCACCAGGUUUUGGUUCCCGUGUGUGGACUCCUAUUCAGAGCUAUGCACAUGGAAGCUGGAGUUCACAGUCGAUGCCGCCAUGGUGGCUGUGUCCAAUGGGGAUCUUGUGGAAACCAUUUACACCCCCGACAUGAGGAAGAAGACCUACCACUACACCCUCGCCAUUCCAACCGCAUCUCCUAACAUUUCUCUGGCUGUUGGCCCUUUUGAGAUUCUUGUGGAUCCUUACAUGCAUGAGGUGACUCACUUUUGCUUGCCUCAGUUAUUACCCCUUCUGAAGCACACAACCUCCUACCUCCAUGAGGUGUUUGAGUUUUAUGAGGAGAUCCUCACUUGCCGCUACCCGUAUUCCUGCUUCAAGACGGUGUUUGUCGAUGAAGCUUACAUGGAAGUUACAGCCUAUGCAUCUAUGAGUAUCUUUAGCACAAACCUCCUCCACAGCGCUAUGAUCAUUGACCAGACCCCACUAACUAGAAGGUGUCUUGCUCAGGCUCUCGCACAACAGUUCUUUGGCUGCUUCAUUUCUAGGAUGUCCUGGUCUGACGAGUGGGUCCUGAAAGGCAUCUCUGGUUAUAUUUACGGUCUGUGGAUGAAGAAGACAUUUGGUGUAAAUCAGUACCGAGACUGGAUCAAAGAAGAGCUGGAUAUAAUUGUAGCCUAUGAACUGAAGACUGGUGGUGUGCUGCUGCACCCGAUAUUCUCUGCAGGAAAGGAGAAAGACAAUCCAUCUUCUCACCUUCAUUUUUCCAUAAAACACCCUCAUACUUUGUCCUGGGAGUAUUUCAACAUGUUCCAGUGCAAGGCUCACCUGGUCAUGAGACUGAUAGAAAACCGCAUUAGUAUGGAGUUUAUGCUGCAGGUUUUCAACAAGCUUUUAAGCCUGGCCAGCACUGCUUCAUCGCAGAAGUUCCAGUCCCACAUGUGGAGUCAGAUGUUGGUUUCCACAUCUGGCUUUCUGAAAUCCAUUUCCAACGUGUCUGGAAAAGACAUCCAACCUCUUAUAAAGCAGUGGGUGGACCAGAGCAGCGUUGUAAAGUUUUACGGAAGCUUUGCUUUUAACAGAAAGCGCAAUGUUUUGGAAUUGGAGAUUAAGCAGGACUUCACCUCCCCGGGAACUCAGAAAUAUGUGGGCCCCCUUAAAGUAACGGUUCAAGAGCUGGAUGGAUCAUUUAACCACACUUUACAGAUUGAAGAGAACAGCCUGAAACAUGACAUUCCCUGUCACUCCAAGAGCAGAAGAAAUAAAAAGAAGAAAAUUCCAUUGAUGAAUGGGGAAGAAGUUGACAUGGACCUUUCUGCAAUGGAAUAUAUGAAAUGUAGUGCUGACUCCCCCUUGCUGUGGAUCAGGAUUGACCCCGACAUGUCGGUGUUGAGGAAAGUAGAGUUCGAACAGGCUGAUUUUAUGUGGCAGUACCAGCUGCGUUAUGAGAGAGAUGUGGUGGCACAGGAAGAAGCCAUUCUAGCCUUGGAGACCUUCCCUACACCUGCCUCUCGUCUCGCACUGACAGACGUUCUCGAGCAGGAACAAUGCUUCUACCGAGUCAGAAUGAUGGCAUGCUUUUGUCUGGCCAAGAUUGCAAAUUCGAUGGUAAGCACGUGGACCGGACCUCCAGCAAUGAAGUCAUUAUUUACCCGCAUGUUUUGUUGCAAGAGCUGCCCAAACAUUGUAAAAACAAACAACUUCAUGAAUUUCCAGAGCUACUUUCUACAGAAGACUAUGCCAGUCGCUAUGGCUUUGCUCAGAGAUGUUCAUAACCUUUGCCCUAAAGAAGUCCUCGCCUUCAUCCUAGAUCUUAUCAAGUACAAUGACAACAGGAAAAACAAGUUUUCAGAUAAUUACUACCGGGCAGAACUCAUCGAUGCUCUAUCUAAUGGAGUGACCCCAGCUGUCAGUGUUAAUAAUGAAUCCCGGACCCUGGACAAUCUGAAUGCGGAUGUCCGCCUCAUCCUGGAAGAAAUUACCCGUUUUCUGAAUAUGGAAAAGCUUCUUCCAAGUUACAGACACACAAUAACAGUCAGCUGCUUGAGAGCCAUUCGUGUUCUUCAAAAGAAUGGACAUGUUCCCAGCGACCCAACACUUUUUAAAUCGUAUGCAGAGUAUGGACACUUUGUGGACCUUCGGGUUGCCGCUUUGGAAGCCAUUGUUGACUAUACAAAGGCGGACAGAAGCUCUGAUGACCUGCAGUGGUUGCUGAAAAUGGCACAGGAUGACCCAGUGCCAUAUAUAAGGCAUAAGAUCUUCUACAUGUUGACAAAGAACCCGCCAUUUACAAAGAACAUGGAGUCGCCCUUGUGUAAUGAAGCUCUUGUUGACCAGCUCUGGAAGCUGAUGAAUCCAGGUACUUCACAUGACUGGAGACUACGUUGUGGGGCUGUGGACCUCUACCACACACUAUUUGGCCUCAACAGACCUUCCUGUCUGCCAUUGCCAGAGCUAGGACUAGUCCUUAACCUGAAGGAAAAAAAAGCUGUACUGAACCCCACCAUCAUUCCAGAGCCGGUGACCAGUAGCCAGGAUCUUGUGCCAAAUGCCAACAUGCACGGGCAAGUCGGAGGAUUUCAGAGCAGCGAGGAAGAUGUUAAAGAAGACCUUCCCAGUAUGAUUGUCCAUCAGCAGGGUAUGAAAAGGAAAGCGGAGGUUCUACUUGAAUCUGUAUUGGAACCUGGACAGUUCCCGAAUAUACUGGAAGAGGAAGAAAUAGAUAUGGAUACUGUGCAUGACAGCAAGGCAUUCAUUUAUCAUCAUUUAAAUAUGUUGGAUAGACCAUCCACACCAGGAAAAGAACAGUCUUCUAUGGAGCUGUUUAUGCACUCAGUUCCCCAAACACCUCUGGUGUUCAUCAAAGAGUCUAGUUCAUCCAAGCACAGCGAUCACCAUCAUCACCACCACCACGACCAUAAGAAAAAGAAGAAGAAGCACAAACACAAGCAUAAGCACAAACACAAGCACGAAAGUAAAGAAAAGGAGCGAGAUCCACUUCCCUUCUCCAACAGCCCUGCCAGCGGGCGCUCAAUCCGUUCCCCCUCGCUCACUGAUUAAAAGCCGGUUUGGUUCCUGCCACACAACACUUUCCCCAGUGGACCAUUGCCGGAGUCCAGUCCAUCAUUGUGAACUGAUGCAUCAAUUUGAUAUGUGACCAUCAGUCAUUAUUUUUUUAACACUCAGCAGGUUGAACAAAGCUGCUUUCUCAUUGUCUAAUCCUUUCCAGUUCCCGUCAGUCCGCAGGGACCGAAUCCUGGAAAUGUCCUCUUGCAAUAACUGCCAGAAGUAUAAACAGCCAAUUUUUUUAGUUUUACAGAGUUAAGAAAAAAAAAAAUAGAAAAAAUACUAGGCUUUGCUAGCAUUUCAGGGCUGUUUUAAUGCCACAGCUCCAUCUGACACUUGUAUUAAACUUUUGUAAGGCGUCAUGCACACCGGUGUUUUGAACUUUUGUGUGCGUCAGUUACCAGCAUUUUUUGAGAGCACAGGUGCAAGGUCCAGUCCCGCUGCCUGCAGCCAUGUUUUGAGCCAUAUGCAUUCAAAUGUGAUCUGGGCAUAUAUCCUAGAAUGCUAAUGACCUUUAAUGCAAGUACUAUUUGGUACAGAGUCUAGCCACCGCGUAUUCCAGCAAUCAGAGACUCUAACAGGCUGCAGGGCUGGGUGCUGCACCUGUGCCUUUUGGGCACCUGAAAAUUACCUGGAGGUGACACACAGGGGCCAAAACGCCUGUGUGCAUGAGUCACAAGAAAACAAAUGUUGUCUUGUUCAGCAUACACCAGUAAACAUUGUGUGCGCUGUGUCAAGAAAGUGGCAUAUACACUGUAACCAAUAGUGAAUUGUUAUUGUAAGACACAUACCUCCUAAGGAGGCAUUUUUCUAUACACGCUGUUUUGCGCUGUGUAUGUCUAUAUGCACUGAGAAAUGCAUCUCAGUUCUUGAUAGACAGUUUUACACUUUUUUUUUAAUAACCUACAGAUAUACAUUUUUAAAAAGAUUCUCUUUUUUUUUUUUUUUUAUUUAGUCCACAGUCUUCAAUAAAAAUGAGAAUCAUGACAA